UAAAAUGUCACAAAACCAAAAACGAAAGCAAAAGCUUAACAAACCUGCAAGACGGGGCUAUUGUGUAUUUACGGUUGAAAAAAACGGAGAAAAAUCCUUACCCCCACCACCAUCACCGCCGGACCCGAGAAGUGCCAUACGGUUUGAUAUUAAGAGCGAUGAAGACAUCGUUUAUCAAUCUAAUUAUAAAUUUAAUAUCAAAAUUGAAGUCCUCAUUAACAAUUCAACAAAAUCACGAUGUUCUAAAAACAAUGAAAAAAAUGGUACUAAAAAUGCUCCACGCCGUCAAAACGCUUGGAUACUUUAUCGCAGAGAUAAAAGUAUGAAUAAAGAAUUUGAAGGGUUGACAACUGCAAUUGUUUCAUUAAAAAUUCGCGAAAUGUGGGAAAAAGAACCGUGGGAAGUCAAAGAAUUAUUUUCCGCUCUCUCUCGUUUGGCGGAAAAACGUCACAUUGAACAAUACGGUAAAAAUUAUAGAUAUCAACCCGUCCACAUGAAAAAACCAAUAGCACUUCCAAUAAUACUUCCGAUAGCACUUCAGAAAACUUCUUACCACCAAUAGAAUAUGAUCGAAACAACAACAUUUGGCAAGAUCCUAUGUUAAAAUUUAAGUUAAACGAUGAGUAUUCUUUCGUCAAUAAUUUUAUUGAAAUCGAUGAAACAAAUGAAAUUAAUGAAAAAAACGAAUUUAAUGAAAAUACCGAUAUAGAAACAUAUGGAAUAUUUUCUUAAACUUUCAACGCAUGAUGAUUCGCGAAUGUUAUCCUGGUAGAUACUAAAUAAGAUAUGAAAAUAAUAACUUUUUUAAU